AUGCAACAUGUCCAGCAACCACCACAAGCAGUAGUGAAUGCGCCCGUCCCGGCCCUUCAGAACCAGCUACCUGCUGCGCCUGUUGCACAAGAUGUUGAGAUGGACCCUUUGCUGGCUGAUAUCAACAGGUUGAUUAGCUCCUUGAGUCUAGAACCGAUGCUGCCUCUGACGAAAGUUGAGUUCACCGACGUGCCUGUUGACCUCGUCAACUUGAUGGUGCGACAAGAUGAUUUCAUCAGCAGUGGCAGCUUUAAGGAGCUAGUGCCUGAUUUCAUUGAGCGAGCCAUCAAGGUCUAUCAUGGAGAGUGCGAUGCUUUGCACAAAGCUCUUCAUACACUCAAGCUUGAUGCUGCGCUGUACGCUCAAGGCAAAUGGCCGCGACCGCUGCAGCACAAAUCAGGUCAGCAGUUCAAGAAAGAAAUGAAAGAAGAGUUCGAUGUGGCCCAAAAGAAGGCAGAUGACCAAAAAGCUAUGGAAGAUUUCAAGCGCAAAAUUGAAGCCUCGAAGCAGUGGGUUUCCUGGAAGGCUAAGGAUCUGGACACAAUGAAUUUCAUUUCCACAAAGCUUGGCGAGCUCUACGACAAGUUGCUUGAGAACCAGAUGCGCGUAGACAAGAAUGACAUGCAGAAGAUGAGAGCCCACGUAGUCUGCGUUCUUCAUGCCCAGUUGCCGGAGCACAUGCACAAGGCUGCCAAGAAGUAUGCGGACCGAAGCAAAGACAAAGCAGAUUCAGACAAGAAGCGGUUGGACCGUGAGCAGAAAUUCGAUGAGCUUAUUCAGAUGUACCCCAAGGUUGCAUUAGCCGUUUUCUUUCGCGAAAUGGAAGAGCGUUUGAUUUCUGUCUGCCUUGCCAGGAAAGAACAAAUGGAACAAGAAUAUCGUCGAGUUAGACGUGGGCAACAAUUGACGACUCUCGAGGACCAAGUCUACAACAUGAAGGCCGAUUUGCAAAAAAACGGCUUUGCCCACCUGGACUCACGGAUGACCCAAAUAUUCCAGCAGAGCAAGUCCAAGGUGAAGGGCAACAAGGUUGGCUCUGGUUCAAGAGGCAUGCAAACAGAACCGGCAAAAAGCAACGAGAACCAAAUCUCAAACUUCGAAAACAUCGCAGCGAAGCGCAAGGACAUCUUCUACGAGAGGGCGAUCCAGCGCGCAGCAGCAAGCUUCCGCCAACCGAAGCUCAAGAUCAAGGCAGUCGCAAAGUUCCGUGAGAUCUAUGACCAGCCAACAGAGGAGCUUCAGCCGCAACACCUCCCGCAGCAAGAGCAAUCGUUCCAAGCAGGGCAGCAGAUGCAGCAGCCGAAGCAAAACAAGCCGCGCGACCUUUACAUGAACAUUCGUAAUCUCCGCCGUUGCCAUUUUGGCAACAAACGCCGCGGACACCAGUGCAAGUCUACGACCCAUGUACAGCACGAAUCACCCCGCAACCUUACAGCGCUCUUCUUCGAGUAUGUACAGCAGCUGACCUUGGUUGAUUUGGUUUUGAUUCGAAAGUUCAUUUCCCUACACCAGACAGAUGUGGAUCCAGAGACUUUUCCUCCAGCAGCACAGACAUUGCUCAUCCUCGGGGACAAAUUCAUUCCCAUGGCGCAAUGCAGUCGUCACUCGCUACGAGAUUCUCUACAAGACCUCGUGCGCAAAGUGAAGUUGCGACUGUUCUUUGACAACAGACCCAAGAAGCAGAAGAAUCAAAACACUUUCUUCAAGAGUUUUCGACUACCAUCACGCUUCAUCCCGAAGCUCGAUGCAGAGAUCGAACAAGAGUUAGAGUCAUGGUCUGAGGGCUUGUUGUCCAAAGCUUGCAGAUUGAUGCAUCUGCAGCCGAAGCCAACAACUCCCUUUUUCAUACAGAAAGCCUUGGUAUGGCUUAAAGAAAACAGGCAUUUUGUUUGCAAGAUAUCCGCCGACAAAGGGUAUGGCCCGGCAUACAUUUCAACAGGUCGUCUUCGCGAGCAAUACCUGCGUGAAACCGCUGACGGUGCCUUUACAAAGAUUUCAAGCAGUCAGCUCAUGUGGUCAUUAAUUGCAGCAUAUGAUCAGUUGCAGGCGAUUUGCGACAGUGCAAUACAGAAUCGUUUGGUUGAUGUUGGCACCAUGCGCUUCAUUCUACAGCCUUUGCGUGAGCUCGGGUUUCCAAAUCCUCGCAAAGAUGUAUUGCCUGACGUUUUGUCCUGUGUUGGGAAAAUCCGAUACCUCGUCAAACUGCACAAACCUGGAUGUAAGUUGCGGCGAGUGGAAGUUGAUACAAGAUCCCCGUUCAACAACUUGACUUUAUUUGUUUCCAGCAUUUUGCGGCAAGUCGUUACAGUUUGCCAAACAACUGUGCUGGAUUCCAAGCAAGUACUAUUGGACCUCUUAGAUCAGCCUCCUCCUCUUUCACUCGAGCCCAACUCUGUGGUUUUCGUAGCUGCCGACUUGCAGGACUUUUACCCACGCAUCAAUCUGGACUCUCUCCAGGUAUCACUUCGUUCUGGAUUGGAUGCCUAUUAUGGCGUAAAUGAGGCUGCCAAGAACUUCGUUGCCAAAUUAGUCUUCAUCAUUUUGCAUAACAAAGCGGUUCUGAUCAAUGGCAGCCUUUAUCGCAAGGCUAGGUCAUUGAGCAUUGGUGAACGCAUUGCUACUGAUGCUGCCAACAUACACCGUGAGCAUCAUUUCGGACCUCUUGUGCGCGAAGCUUUCCAAACCGGGUUGCUUUGCAAAUAUUAUGGAUAUGUCGAUGACACCGCCAGCAUUUUUCGCGGAAGUUUGGAGUCUACCCAAGCUUUCUUGACGGCUCUUCAGAAUGUUGAUCCUGUUCAAUUUUCGUGGACUUUCAGCAUUUCACGGUCUCAGCUUGACUUCUUGGAUCUUUCCAUCCGGUUUGAUGGGAGGCAGCUGCACACCUUCGUGCACAAAAAGCCGCACCACAAUCCACAGUACCUGCACGCAUACAGUGAGCAUCCUUUGCAUUGUCGGAAGCAUAUUUUCAGAAGCCAAGUUGCAAGGUUUCUGGUGUUGAAUAGCACUGAACGUGGCUUUCUUGAUGAUGUGAGUUCUUUACGCCAACAGCUUGCAAAAAGGUUACAUCCCGAAUCUUGGUUUUCCCAAGCCAAGUACGAUGUGGAUCGCCGGACAAGUUUGCUGAACAAGCUACGAGCAAGAUGCUUCAAAUCAGGCUCCCACGGGCAUGCGAUGCCUACAGUGAGUCCUAUCGUAUGCAAGCUUGAGUACAGUGAAGAGGCCAAACGUCUUGGGCUUCAAACCGCAUGGAACAAGUUGAAAGCCAAACUAGCGCGCUUUCACGCUUUCGAAGAAUCAACGUUGCCAGAGGCAAAGUUGACAGUUGCUUGGAAAUGUUCUUUCAGUCUUUUCCGGCAAACAUACCGGUACAAUUUCGUGCCGGGGUGA